CAUCUGCAGCGGCCACCGCCGUUGUACAGUCGGCCACCGUCGCGCGGCCCAAGGUCGCCGCCACGUCAUUUACGUAUUUUCGCCUCCUCCGCGUCCGCGCCCACGUCUUUUUCCCACCACGACCGGCUGCAGGCGGAUGACUGCCCGACGCCGUCGCCACCGCCGUGGCCGAGCCGUUGCGGCGGUGUCACGUUUCCGAGACGCGUUUCGCUCUCGUGCAUUAUUCCACUGUAGCAGCUCUAGUCGCCGUCGCCGAGCGUGAUUAGCGAAACGAUCGCGCCUCUUCGACGUACUAAUAAUAAUAAUAAUAAUAAUAAUAUCAUCACCGCGCGUGACGGAAAUACGGCGAUCGCGGGUUCCGUCGGUUAUUAUGCGUUGUGGUCGUGAUGGAACAAGUUGUCGCGCUCGUUUACAACAACGGCCCGGAACAGCAGCAGCAGCAGCAACAGCAGCAACAGCAGCAGCAACAGCAACAGCCGCCGAGUCCCGUAGUUCCGCCGCCGCCGCCGCCGCAGCAGCCGAGGACGGCGGAGGAAGAAGACUGCGAGGACCGCAGCGGCGCCGCGUUCUUCUGCAACACCGAGUACAGUUUUAUCCAUUACAACUAUCAAACAAAUAGUUAUGUGCAAUAUGACGUCAAACCACAAAAUGAUAUUACAUUACAAGAAGGGUUUCAAGACGAUUUAUCUCAAAGUUCAUUCAGCAAUGACACUCCACCUGACCAGUCUGAUACUAAAAGACAUUACUGUGAAUUCACUGGGUGCAAAAGAACAUACAGCACAGUGGGAAAUCUCCGCACUCACAUGAAGACACAUAAAGGUGAAUACCGGUUCAAGUGUAACAUAAUUGACUGCGGUAAACCGUUUUUGACGUCAUACAGUUUGAAAAUCCAUGAACGUGUGCAUACGAAACAAAAACCAUUUGUCUGCACCAAGGAGGAAUGUCAAAAAGCAUUUAACACCGUUUACAGGCUACGAGCUCAUCAACGCUUGCACACUGGUGACACUUUCGACUGUAUACAAGCAGGCUGCGGCAAGUGUUUUACGACUUUUAGUGAUCUUAAGAAGCAUUAUAGAACGCACACCCAAGAACGACCAUACAAAUGCGCAGAAGAAGGUUGCGGUCGAGCGUUUACGGCCAGCCAUCAUCUGAAAACGCACAAGCGGACGCAUUCAGCCGACAAACUUUACACGUGCGACCGACCGAAUUGCAACAAGUCGUUCCCUGGAAAGGCUAGUCUUAAGACUCACCAGCGGAGUCACGAUAUUUGGGAUGAGUCAGAGACCCUGUCGGAUUUUGCCGAUGACUUGCUACAGCAUUUUGAUAGUGAGACCAACAGCACGACUUCGGAAUUCUUAAAAUAUCAAAGCCAACUAGUCAUACCGCUGUCGAAGGCCAACAUCGAAGCACUAAAGCGAUGCGAAACAGCCGAGGUGGAGGUGGAUGCAUACCUUUCAGGCAUUGCAAUACGAACUUUCACGGGGGUGGGCACGGAUUCGAGCACGGCCACUGUGCAGAAGAUGAUCCUGGCCGAGCCGGACGACGACAUGCCGGUCAAGCUGUCGGUUGAGUGCAACGUUGACGUGCAGAAGGUCGGCCAGGACGCCAACGGCACGAUCAGCUUGUGCGUGAUGGACAACGGCGAGUUGAUGUCCAGCCUGUUGAUGAUGCCGGUAAUCAACGGCGCCAGCUACGAGACGGUGACGGAAGACGAUUCGAGUCAGCCCCCGGCCAUGUCCAUAGCCACGGAGACGGUGCAGGAACUGCAGUUCGUCGACGAGCCCGUCCGGCAGACAGUGACGGCCGUCGAGCAGUCGGAUGCCGAAUCGGCGGGGGCGGCGGCCGUCGAACUCAUACCGUUCGACGACAUCCUGGUGUCCAAACCGGAUACGGAUUUCGCUGUUUGCGAACCGCACCACGAGGUCGCCGUCGACGAACCGCUGCAAGUGGCUGAAGAGUUCAGCGUCGAGGAACUCAUACUCAGCCUGGCUGACAACGGGGAUCACUGUCUUGACAGUUCGGUCGCUUCGCUCAUGGUGAGUCCGCAGCUGGAAGUGUUCGAACCCACAUUUCCUGUACCGGCGCCCAGCCUCCCAUUGCAACAACAGGUGCUCGAACCAAAUUUUUCGUCGGAUGGUAACUGCAACAGUUCCGCGGGCAGCGCCGCCGCGACAGUCGCCGGUCAUCCAACCGCAUCUUGUUCGUUGACCGUGGCCUGCAACACCCGAAAACAGCUCAGGAAGGUGCUCGAACACAGGCGGCCCGCGAGCAUAUCACACUGAAGCCCAACGCGAUGUAUCGGAGACUAAUGCCGGGUCACGCAUAUACAAUCAUUAAACAUUUAAUGAGUCAAUAGUGAGCCAAUAUGGUCCCCUAAACAUUAUUUAGCGUCCAAUAUAUUAUAAUUUAGUGUCUUAUGCAUCUCCACAUAUAAUCGUAUUAUUAUAAGUUAUGGAGCGAUUAUUUAAAAUCGUGAAAUGUCCGCUAGGAAAUGUACCGUUUAUUUUUAUACAACGUAUUAUAUAUUGUAUAUUUUUAUUACUAAAUUAAUUUUAUGUUUUUUUUUACUCGUUUAUUAUGUUUUUUUUCAAAGAAUUGCCUAGAAAAAAUCAAACUAUAUACUCGAAUGUACAUUAGGAACGUCCGUUGACUGUAUCGAAAAGAAACAUUUAGUCCAGUACGUUAUCCUCAGUAUAAAUUUUUAUUUAAUCUCUAUAGCAUUUAUGAUUUAACUUUAUUACAUUUGUCUCCUAACCCAUUAAAUGUCUGUAACUUAACGUGUAAUAAGCUGUGAUUCAGUAACAAUUUUUUAGUACAUUCUUUACUAUAAUAUAUUAGUUACGAUUUUACACAUUUUUGAUAAUACGUAGGUAGAUAAAUUUGUAUUAUUUAUACAUAUUCAAUUAUUAUGCAUACGGUAUAGGUACCUACAACCUACUAAUAUCAAUAGGAUGGUUUUAGAGGUAGUCUAGAAUAAGUUCUAUAAAUAUUAUUGGAUAGAUUUGAUCUUCUGGUACUAUUUUAGUCUAACAACAACUCAAUGAAACUAAUGGUUUACCACUGCAUUUAUAUUCUAGUUUAAUUUAAAUAUCAUCUCCUUAGUAUACAUUCAUAUUAUAUAUCGUAUACAUCACAGGUAGUAACAAAAAAAUAAUACUUAAAAGAUACGGUUCCGGGACACUAUUGGCAUGACAUAAUCCUACAUUAUAACUCUAACAUAAUAAUGCUUAUGUAAUAUAUCUAUAUAAUGUAAUCUAUUUUGAAAAACAAUUUUUGUGUCCGAAAAAAUUAUUUCAUACUGUCAACUUUGUAGGACUAAGCAUGUAAUACAUUUUUGACGUUUAAUACAUAAACUAAAUGUAGUAAGUAUAAUCAAAAUCGGGACCGAGCUUAUUAUUAUUUAUAACCUCGAGUAGGCUUAUUCACUGUUAUUCUACUACAGUGCCAAAUUAUUUUUACCGGAAUUUAACUCACGCAAAACGAAAGUGAUACAUUAGUUUUGAACUCCUUACUUUUUUAUUUUAAUUAUUGUUAAAAGUGAAAGUUUGUUAUUUUUGUGUAUUCAUAAAUGUAUUUUUUGUAGGCAUACAAAAUAAUGUUGUAAUUUUGUAUUUCUGAUAUUUAAUAGAUGUAGUCUACGUAUUUUAUUGUAGACGGAUAAUACCUCGCUCAUUAAAUUCUUGUUUUUGUUUAUACUUAAUUUCAACUUGUAUAUUAGUUACUGUUGUUUCAUAAUAAACAAUAUUGACUUACAUUGAAAAAAAAUGUUAUAUUUCAAUAUUUUAUACAUUAUUGUAUAGUAUUAUAGGUAUAGUAUAAUAAUGUAUAAUAAUGAAUAGGGUUUAUGCGCUAUAAUCAUGAUUUGGUAGUGAAAUAUAUUAUUUUUAUUGACUA